AUGUCGUAUGAUGAGGAUGCGCUGUUGCUCGACCUCAUAGGCCAAGACUAUGAUAAUUUUGACGAGCCGAUUCCUGCCUCAAAUCAUCCAUCGUUACUGAGGGGCCUCAUCGCAAGUUUCUUGGUGGGACGAUACCUAUUCACCUUCUAUCUCACUAACGGAUUCUUGAAUUUGGCCGCGGCGUUUAUCAAACUCUCCCUUCUAUGUCAAUACCUCCGUGUUUUUGACCGGUCAUCAUUACCUUACAAGGUCAGCCUCUUUGGCAUUGUCAUUGCUUCCCUCUGGGGUGUAGCCUUCGCCAUUCUAGCGUUCUUUCCUUGUUCUACGGUGUCCGACUUCUGGUACUCCCCGCCCGAUGCCAGGUGCUGGGCAUAUGGUUCUAGCGAGGCGACUCAGUUCACGGCCACUUUCAUCGCCCAUUCGAUUUUAAACAUGAUUCUCGAUCUGUACAUUCUUGCCAUCCCGACACAUCUUUUUUUCCAGUCCCAAUCUUCGUCGAGAACACGCUUUGGAUUGCUCGCGUUGCUCUUUUUGGGUGCAGUUGUUACUUUCCUCUCUGCCUGGCGUCUCCAGACCAUCAUCCAAUACCAAGCAGGAUGGUAUCCUACCCACGAUCCCACUUGGUACGGACCUAUAUCGAUUCUCCUCGGCGUUCUCGAAGUUCAUGUAGCGAGUACAUGCGCAUCCAUACCUAUAUUUUGGCCAAUCAUCAGCCCCUACCUUAACCUGGGUGGAAUCUUCGUCACGUACGAAGUCAGCGUACAGGUCCAGGAUUAUAGCGAUAGCCAGGCAAUCAUCGACCGAAAAGACAAUACGCCUUCCGGACAUGCGGGCACCUGGAACAGCAGCGACAAUGGACAGACAAUUAGCGAAACCGAGCUCCUCCCGAUCAGUGGACAGAAUACGAAUCCACAUUACAACAAUAAGUUUGUGGCCGAGCAGGUCGAUCCAUUCCGCACUACACAGGCACAGACAAGUCUCGUUGGAAGCGGCAGUAAUCGGGACAACAGGAAGUGGUACAAGGUAUAG